UAGUGGGGACCACACUCAAGAAUUCAGUUAUGAGACUGGCCGCUCCCUCGCGCAUCCACCGUACCGUCGUUCCCGCGGUUGCCUCCCUCCCUCUUGUGGUUUUCUGGAUCCGUCUCUUCUCGUCCUCCUAUAUAUACCCACCUACUCCCCCGAUCCUUGUUCCCUCUCGCCCUCUGUUUAGACCGUCGACGAUGGCGACGUCCUUCUUCCUCUGGCCCUCCGACCAGCACAAAAACGACGACGGAGGAGGAGGAACCACCGCAGAGGCAAAAGUGGAAGCCCCCACGGGCAACGUAAAGGGUCGCAAGGGUUGCGGAGCCAAGGCGGUCUUGCCAAAGCGCCCGCCGCAGAGGGGCCUCGGUGUUGCUCAGCUCGAGCGGCUCCGCCUCCAGGAGCGCUGGAACAAGUUGACCGCGCUCGACCGCGGUCCCUUCCGCGACGACGCCCAUCUCCUCCAGCCCCACCCCCUCCCCGGGUCCAAAAGCUACGGAAAUCUCGUUCACCAUCAACUCACCCCUCUGGCCGCGGCUGCCGUAUACGGCGCUCCCAUCGCCCUCUCCGGAAGCCACCGCACCGACGACUACCUUCCAAGUUACUGUUCGAUCGUCCAGGCACCCUUGACGUUUGGCGGAACUGCUGCUGCUGCUGCCUCCGCCAUCCAAGCUGUGCACAGGGAUCGAUGUCUUCAAGCCAGAUUCCGGGUCGGGAGUCCGUCUCUAGAGGUCCCUUCAUGCCAAAAUCCUCAGUGCGAGUUUUGCGCCCGAAAGAAACGUCUUUUCGGCAACGAUCUAGGGGACGAUGUGGCCAAUGGCGCGGAUUACUUAGACAUGGAUCUCGCUGCUGGCAUGGCCGUCGAUUUGAACCGUGGCUGCACCCAGUGGAAGGCUAAAUUGACCAACGACAGGGAGCUGACGAUCAAGGAGUUCGACUUCUUUCCGCCGAACAGCCGCAGCGCAUCCAACGACGGCAGUUCCUCCAAGCUUGUCGAUAGGGAGGCUUGUGACGCCAUCUCAACCUCCUCCGCUGCGGCCUCCUCGACUUGUCCCGAUCUCUCGCUCAAGCUAUCCCUCUGAGACGAGAAAAAACACAAGCGUCGACAAAGCGCCAAAGCCCUCUGAGUAUGUCUCCAAUUAUUGAUGUCUUUUUAAGUGUUUGGGGAACCUUUAUAUUAGUCACGUAUGUGUAGAUUUCAGCGUUCCUCGUCUUAAUCCCGUAUCAUAUGGA